AUGGAAACCAUCGACCCAAACACCCGAAUAAAGAUGAUGCUGCUGCUACUAUGGGUAAUAUUUUUUGGACCUUCAGUUUUUGGUACUCCUUUGGAAAUGCAACUUUUUGAUAUGAUGCUACGCGAGGCUGAGGGUUAUCCCAGCAAUGGACGGGAUCAGAGGGAUAUAUCCGUUCUGCCAGCAGCAUCCAUAGGUUGCGACGAAAGCGGCUCGCAGGAGCAAUUUAGCAACAUAUUCGAUGAUUACGAGGAGAGCAGAGAGGAUUGCAUGGACUUCUUACCCCCCUGUGAACCAUCUUUCGAAGAAGGAUUACCCAUCGAACAUCCAUGCUUUGUCAAACUACUUCUGCUAAGAACACCUCUGCUUAAACAGGAUCCGUGUGCCAAUUUCUCCCUGAUAACUGAGAGACCGAGCACCACUAUAAAACCGAAAACCAAGAAAUGCAAUCCAAAAAGUAAAGCUAAUAAAGGUGUAACACAAAAUGUGCUGUUAGGAUUGCCCAGCAAUGGAAAUUCAACCACAAGCAAUCCAAUAGUUUCCACAACAGAAGCAGUACCCAAUUCAAAAAUCAUAAAAAUAAGAAAAUUAGUUCCAAAGCUCAAACCGAACACCACAACAACAACGACAACAACCACCACAACAACUCUGGAAACAACAACCUUAGAAGAAACAACGACACCAGUGGAAACCAGCACCGCAGAAGAACCACCGGAAACGACAACUGAACCGGAAACCACGACAACACCACAAACCACAACGACAACCACAAGUACCACGACAACUACACCAACACCAUCACCUUAUACCGAAAACCAAUUGAAACGUUUGAAAGCCCUGAGGGACAGGAGAAAGAAUUCGAGGGGAAAGUCCCCCAAAGUACCAGAUCCCCCGCAGAUUAAACUCGAUAAUGUCAGCCAGCCCAGCGAGGUUAUCCAAGUUAUCCAAAGUAUGACCACCGAAGCUGCCGAACUGAAGCUUAAACCGGAAAAUAGCACCACAACUACGAUCGUGCCCCCAACGACUGCUUCUACAACCACUUCCGAACCGGAAACCACCACCGAAGACAGUUGUGCAGAUGAAGUGGAAACCACCAAGGUGCCGGAAUUCUCAGGAUGUGAAGAUGACGAAGAUCCUCAAGGUUCUGAAAAUAAUGUAGCCACCACCACAGAAGAACCUUGUGAAGACACCGACGAACAGGACACUAAUCUGUGUCCCCAAUUUAUGCCAACACAAGAGCCCUCUCGUCCAAGACCUCCUCCAGCAUAUCGUUUCCGUAAGCCCGUGAAAAACUAUGUAGAACCCAUUCUGUAUGAGGGUAACUUUGCCAAGCCACUUCAACGAAUGGCUCCGUUGGGACCUCAGCCGAGGGACUACUUUGUGUCCAAUAAACAAAUAGUGCCCAGACCCAGGCCCAAGUACCGGAAACGUAUACCGCCCUCGAUCUACAUGAACAACAUUGUGAGGGGCCUGGAUUGCAGCGAUGAAGUUGGUCAGUAUCCUUCGCGAACACCCAAUCAGCCACAAAGAUAUUGGGACGUGAACCCAGUUGGCUUGCUUGAACGGAGUCAGGGUUUAAGGCCAAGGACCGUAGGACCUGAGAGAAAUAUGAGAAGUUUUGCACCAGUUCCUAUUAAAAGAAAGCCUCAGUAUCCACGAAAUCCAGAGGAAUCAAUGGAACGGCAGUUUCUAAGGGAAAGAGAUCCCAAGCCGCAAGCUCAGUAUCACCAUUUUCCCGAGGAGGAGGUUCCCCACGAGGAGAGAUUUAUUCCACCGCCCACGCCGACUGCCAGUUUGGAUCCCUGCCAGCAGGAACACGAUCAAUUCCUCUACCGUGAGAGACCACAUCGCCAGCAAACCCAUCAUCUAGUUGACUAUCCCCAACCACCCACUUCCUCGCACUUUUUCACCUAA